CAGAGAGAGGGUGGAAUGCGACGGGGUCUCUUUAAGAGCCCUGGCCCAGCAGGCGCUCGGGCGAGGCGGGCGCCGGGCGGGAGGCGGCGCUGCGAGGCUGGCCAGCCAGCCACCGGGCUGGCGGCGCUCGCGCAGAUUUGUAACGACUCGCACAGGAAGUCGGGACCCGCGGGAUCAGUCCGCCGGGCCAUGCUGCUGCCACCGCUGCGGAACUGGGUCACUCGGCUGCUGCGCCGCCAGGGGCUCCGAAGCUCCGCCUCUGGCCCGGCGCCGUUGGGGGCGCAGCGCGGGGCCUCGCCUUGGGAUAAAGAAAAUGAAAAAGAGAAAAGGUCGGUGGUAUGUGUGGAGGGCAAUAUUGCAAGCGGGAAGACAACAUGCCUGGAGUUCUUCUCUAAUUCAACAGACAUCGAGGUGUUACCAGAGCCUGUACCCAAGUGGAGAAAUGUCCGUGGCCAUAAUCCUUUGGGCCUGAUGUACCGUGAUGCCUGUCGGUGGGGCCUCACGCUGCAGACAUACGUGCAGCUCACCAUGCUGGACCAGCACACUCGUCCUCAGACGUCACCUGUGAGGUUGAUGGAGCGGUCGAUUCACAGCGCAAGAUACAUUUUUGUAGAGAACCUAUAUAGAAGUGGGAAGAUGCCUGAAGUGGACUACGUGGUCCUGUCGGAGUGGUUUGACUGGAUCGUGAGGAACAUUGCUCUGUCCGUGGAUUUGAUAGUUUAUCUCCGGACCACUCCUGAGACCUGUUAUCAGAGGUUAAAGAUGAGAUGCAGGGAAGAGGAGAAGGUCAUUCCAUUGGAGUACCUGGAUGCUAUUCACCAACUCUACGAGGAAUGGCUCAUCGAAGGGGGCCUUUUCCCCAUAGCAGCCCCUGUUCUGGUGAUUGAGGCUGACCACGACAUGCAGAGAAUGUUAGAACUCUUUGAACAAAACCGGGACCGAAUAUUAACUCCGGAGAAUCAGAAACGUGGCUUUUAGAAUGGGAAAGAUCGUGCCAGAAAAACGCCCGCUGCUGCCAAGUUAGCUGUUAAGAAUGAUGUGGAAAAUCUGCUCUCGGGAGGGCUUUGUGUCUGGCCAGAUUUGUUUUCCUAAUGUUCUUUUCACUUUUGCCGGUGUCUGUCCUGGGUCUCUGGCCCUCGCGGGUAAAUGACAAAUGGGACCAACGUGUUUGUUGUACCCUGUAGUGUUUGCAGCCUUGCGUCCCCCCUCAUGCAUCUCAUGGUGGUUUCCCAUUGCUGGAUCCCUCUAAUUAAACCCUUAGCAAGAGCCA